UCGCCGCCAACGUCGUUUUGCGCUGGGGAGGCCGACGAGGCCUACCAAGCUGCGGCUGCUGCUUCUGCGGCAGGGAGCGCACCGCAGAAAGAGAGAGGGAGGGAGGAACACGCGCCGACUAGGCUUGCCGCCUUCGCUUCAACCAGGGAUCGACCCCCUCCUUUUCUCUCCUUCUUGUCUCCGGAUUCUCUACCAGGAGGGUUCAAGUAGGGAUAUGUCCUCAGCACCAACCACUCCUCCAUCAGUGGAUAAAGUAGACGGAUUUUCUCGGAAGUCCGUCAGAAAAGCUAGGCAGAAGAGGUCGCAAAGCUCCUCCCAGUUUCGGUCUCAGGGCAAGCCUAUUGAGUUAACUCCACUGCCUCUGCUGAAAGACGUUCCAUCUUCAGAUCAACCUGAAUUGUUUCUAAAGAAACUUCAGCAGUGCUGUGUAAUUUUUGACUUCAUGGACACGCUAUCAGAUCUUAAAAUGAAAGAAUACAAGCGUUCAACUCUUAAUGAACUUGUGGAUUACAUUACAAUAAGCAGAGGGUGUUUGACUGAGCAGACUUACCCUGAAGUAGUUAGAAUGGUUUCUUGCAAUAUAUUCCGAACGCUUCCUCCAAGUGAUAGCAAUGAGUUUGAUCCGGAAGAAGAUGAACCUACUCUUGAGGCAUCAUGGCCACAUUUACAGCUUGUAUAUGAAUUUUUCAUACGAUUUUUGGAAAGCCAAGAAUUUCAGCCCAGCAUUGCCAAAAAGUAUAUAGAUCAGAAAUUUGUAUUACAGCUUUUGGAGUUAUUUGACAGUGAAGAUCCUCGGGAACGGGACUAUUUAAAAACAGUCUUACACAGAAUUUAUGGCAAGUUCCUUGGUCUUAGAGCAUUUAUCAGAAAACAGAUUAACAAUAUUUUUCUACGGUUUGUUUAUGAAACUGAACACUUUAAUGGUGUGGCUGAACUGCUGGAAAUAUUAGGAAGUAUUAUCAAUGGCUUUGCUUUACCUCUUAAAGCAGAGCAUAAACAGUUUUUGGUGAAAGUACUGAUCCCUCUACAUACCGUUAGAAGUCUAUCGCUGUUCCAUGCACAGUUGGCGUAUUGCAUCGUGCAGUUUCUAGAGAAAGACCCUUCACUCACAGAACCUGUCAUUAGAGGUUUAAUGAAAUUCUGGCCGAAAACUUGCAGUCAAAAAGAGGUCAUGUUCCUUGGAGAGCUGGAAGAAAUAUUGGAUGUGAUUGAACCUUCACAGUUUGUCAAAAUUCAGGAACCAUUGUUUAAACAAUUAGCUAAAUGUGUCUCUAGCCCUCAUUUUCAGGUGGCUGAAAGAGCACUGUACUAUUGGAAUAAUGAAUACAUAAUGAGUUUGAUAGAGGAGAAUUCCAAUGUAAUACUUCCUAUCAUGUUUUCCAGUCUGUACAGGAUUUCCAAAGAACAUUGGAAUCCGGCUAUUGUGGCGUUAGUAUACAAUGUGCUGAAGGCAUUUAUGGAAAUGAAUAGCGCCAUGUUUGAUGAGCUCACAGCAACUUACAAGUCAGAUCGCCAGCGCUUAUCCAAAGCAGCAGGUGAAACUAAUGAGGAAACUUCGGGAACUCUGGGCAGUUUGCGACUUGGUGAAAGUCGUUUCUUUUGUGAGACUUGGGGUUCCCACAAGCAAAGCGAAGGGUACUGUAUGUCAUCAAGCCUUGUUAGUGAGAAGAAAAAAGAGAAAGAACGUGAAGAGCUAUGGAAGAAACUGGAAGAUUUGGAACUGAAAAGAGGUCUUAGACGUGAUGGAAUAAUUCCAACUUAACAAAAAGAAACAAAGCAGCAUUAAUUAACCUGUGGAGUCACACAUGUAUGUAGUAGAAGAUGGAGCAACAGUUUUCUGUAUUGUGCAACUUUACAGUAGAUUUCACAUUUGUUUCAUUAUUACAACAGCACUGUAUAUAUCUGUCUCUAAGUAAAAAAAAAAAAAAAAAAAAAAAAAAA